AUGGGAGCAUAUCGACAUUUGGUCCAAACGUUAUCUGGGGAAUUCACAUCUUUUUCUCUGAUGAAGGUCCCACGGAACGAGAACGCGUCCCUCGCAGCUCUGGCGAACCGCUCUGACCCCGACUUACGCUGCACCAUUCCGAUUGAAUGCGUCGACGCUCCCAGCAUCGAUCCGGAUAGCCAGAUAGCUAUAAUCAACGACAACUCGGUUCUAAUGGAAGUCGACGAGCCAAAAGAGGAUAUGACGGAGAUCGCAAAGCCUCCAGACGAUUGGCAACUUGAGAUCAAACUCUAUAUCUCUGAAGGCAUCAUCCCGCCAGACCGAUGGGCAGCUCGACGAUUGAAGGCUCGAAGUGCCAAAUACAUCCUCUUGGACGGAGAAUUGUUUUGCCGAAGUGUGUUACUCGGGACGAAGCUGAGCGUAUCAUGA